AUGAAUGCAGGUAAUCCUAUUCCUUACCCUCAAAUUUUCUGUCUCAGCGUAGAAUCCAUACAGGAGACAAACCUGAAGAAUGUGUUAACAGUGGACAUUUAUUUCCAAAGUCCUCAACUCUUUAGCAUUAUCACCAGAAUCCAUCCUGAUGACAAACCUUUCAAGUAUAGUGAAUGUUGCAAAUCCUUCACUCUGUCUUCAAAUAUUCAUGGACAUAAAGAAGAAAGCACUCAGAAAGCUGAAGUAUUUACCCUGUCACCAAAUAUUCAAGCUCACCAAAGCAUCUAUAAAGGAGACAAAACUUACAAAUGCAAUGAAUGUGGAAACUCUUUCGCCAGUUCCUCAAACCUUAAAGUUCACCACAAAAUCUAUACUGGAAGCAAGUCUUACAAAUGUAAUGAAUGUGGGAGAUCCUUCACCCAUUCCUCAAGUCUUAGAGUUCACCACAAAAUACAUACAGGAGACAAACCUUACAAAUGUAAUAAGUGUGGUAAAUCAUUUAUACAGCCCACACAACUUCAUGUUCACUACAGAAUUCAUACUGGAGACAAGCCUUACAAAUGUAAUGAAUGUGGGAAAUCCUUUACCCAUUCUUCAACUCUUAAAGAUCACCACAGCAUCCAUACUGGAGACAAACCUUACAAAUGUAAUAAGUGUGGUAAAUCAUUUACAAAGUCCUCACAACUUCAUAUUCACUACAGAAUUCAUACUGGUGAGAAACCUUACAAAUGUAAUGAAUGUGGGAAAUCCUUUAAACAGUCCUCAGAUCUUAAAAUUCAUUACAGAAUCCAUACUGGACACAAGCCUUACAAAUGUAGUAAGUGUGGUAAAUCAUUUACACAGUCCUCACAUCUUCAUGUCCACUACAGAAUUCAUACUGGUGAGAAACCUUACAAAUGUAAUGAAUGUGGGAAAUACUUCACCCAUUCCUCAACUCUCAGAGUUCACCAGAGAAUCCAUGUAGGAGACGGACCUUAUCUCAUCACUAGAAUCCAUCCUGUAGACAAACCUUUCAAGUAUAGUGAGUGUUGCAAAUCCUUUACCCUGUCCUCAAAUCUUCAUGGUCACCACAGAAUCUAUACUAGUGACAAACCUUACAAAUGUAAUGUAUAUGAAAACUCUUUCACCUGUUCCUCAAUGCUUAAAGUUCAUCACAGAAACCAUAUUGGAAACAAACCUUACAAAUGUAGUGAAUGUGGGAGAUCCUUCAUCCUUUCCUCAAGUCUUAGAGUUCACCACAGAAUCCAUACAGGAGACAAGCCUUACAAAUGUAAUAAGUGUGGUAAAUCGUUUACACAGUCUGCACAUCUUCAUGUUCCCUACAGAAUUCAUACUGGUGAGAAACCUUACAAAUGUAAUGAAUGUGGGAAAUCCUUUAAACAGUCCUCAAAAUUUAAAGUUCUUAUAAUCCAUACUGGAGACAAACCUUACAAAUGUAGUGAAUGUGGAAAAUCUUUCAGCCAAUCCUCAAGUCUUAGAGUUCACCUAAGAAUCCAUACAGGAGAAAAAUCUUACAAAUGUUAUAAGUGUGGUAAAUCAUUUGAACAGUACUCACAUUUUCAAGUUCACUACAGAAUUCAUACUGGUGAGAAACCUUACAAAUGUAAUGACUGUGGGAUAUCCUUCACCAGUUCUUCAAAUCUUAAAGAUUACCACACAAUCCAUACUGGAGACAAACCUUACAAAUGUAAUGAGUGUGGUAAAUUAUUUACAAAGUCCUCCCGACUUCAUGUUCACUACAGGAUUCAAACUGGUGUGAAACCUUACAAAUGUAAUGAAUGUGGGAAAUCCUUCACCCACUCCUCAACUCUCAGAAUUUUCCACCGAAUACAUGUAGGAGACAAACCUUAGAAAUGUAAUAAGUAUGAUAAACAAUUUACAUUGUUCUGA